AUGACAAUCCCUAGUGUCCUUCAACAGAAAGAAUAUCAUAGUUCCCGAGUGUCCUUAACAGAUGUGCUGAAGGAAGACUCUACAGAUCUUGAUUCUUUACUUUUGUUCAUUGUGAUCUUUCAGCUCAGAUCAAAAGCAGGAAAGUUAAGAAGAAGUGUGAACUUCAUAGGCUUAGGUCUUUUUUCUACUUGCGUUACUAUGUUACUCAUCAACCAAACAAAAGUGGCUGCAUUCCUGCUUUUGGGGUUUCAGAAUUCCCCAGUUUUUAAUCAGAUGCUCUUUGUUUUGUUUCUUGUACUCUACAUCCUGACAUUACUUGGGAAUCUAAUGAUUAUUAUGUUGGUGGCCAGGGCUCAGAGCCUGAGAUUUCCCAUGUAUUUCUUCCUCACUCAGUUAUCAUUGUCUGAUAUACUGCUCACCACAAACAUCGCCCCCAACAUGCUGCACGUUAUAAUUUAUGGAGGAGGCACAAUAUCUUUUACCGCAUGCAUUACACAACUAUACUUUCAUGGCACUUCAACAGCCGCUGAGUGUCUUCUUCUCACAGUAAUGUCCUAUGACCGGUAUUUGGCCAUCUGUCGACCUCUCCAUUACACCUCCAUCAUGGACCUCAAGCUCCAAAUACAACUUGUUAUUUUGUGUUGGUUCACAGCAUUUCCAUUAAUGUUACCCAUUGUUUUCCUGAUAGAUCAUUUACAGUUUUGCGGGCCGCAAAUAAUUGACCAUUAUUUCUGUGAUCUUGCUCCUCUUCUUGAGCUCUCUUGUUCCGAUUACAAUAUCGUUAAAGUUGUAGACAUUGUUCUAGGAAUACCUUCUGCUCUUUUCCCGUUUUGCUUUAUCCUUUCCACAUACGUCUACAUUUUUAUAGCUAUCUUUGGUAUUUCGAGCACCAUCGGGAGACAGAAAGCCUUCUCCACCUGCAGCUCUCAUUUGACUGUGGUGAGCACGUUCUAUGGGACUCUAAUAGCAAUUUACUUGUUUCCCUCUGAAGGACAAACAUCUACAGAAAAUAAACUUAUCUCACUUCUAUAUUCAGUGGGAACCCCGUUUCUUAAUCCAAUUAUCUACAGCCUUAGAAACCAGGAGAUCAGGAGUAUUCUGCUUAAAUAUAUUUCAAACGCUUAA